AUGUUCAUUUUGACAAAAAUCGCCGACCUGGUGCAGAUUGCCCCUGCGCAAUUCGAGAAACACAGCAGGGUCGCUAUUGAGAACAACAUCAAUGCAAAGUAUGCGAACCGCGUAAUCCAAAAGAUUGGUCUCUGUAUCUGCAUGUAUGACCUUCUCUGGGCUUCCGAGGGUCUCAUCGGACACGGUACGGGACUAGUCAAUGUCAAUGUCGAGUUCCGCCUCAUUGUCUUUCGCCCAUUCAAGGGCGAGACCCUGCUUGGAAAGAUUAGCAGUGCCACGCCCGAUGGCUUGAACAUCCGCACCGAUUUCUUUGAAGAGAUUUUCGUCUCUUACAAAGAGUUGCCCGAAGGCUGCGAAUUUGACCACAAUGAACAAUCAUGGGUCUGGGUAGUAGAUGACCAGCGCAUGUACUACGAUAAGAACGAAAUGGUCCGACUUCAAGUCGUCGAUGAGGAGUGGCAUGAUCAGGUCCCAGACAGCACCUCUGAGGAGGCAGUCGAAAAGGCCAAGAAGAUCUCCCCAUAUAGUGUUCGCGGAACCAUGAUGAAGGAGGGCCUCGGCUGUUGUCUGUGGUGGGAAUGA